ACUCCACGUCAGAGGGAACCGGGCGGAGCGGCCAACAUGGCGGAGCGCAGGCGACACAAGAAGCGGAUCCAGGAGGUUGGUGAACCAUCUAAAGAAGAGAAGGCUGUAGCCAAAUAUCUUCGAUUCAACUGUCCAACGAAGUCCACCAAUAUGAUGGGUCAUCGGGUUGAUUAUUUCAUUGCUUCAAAAGCAGUGGAUUGCCUUUUGGAUUCAAAGUGGGCAAAGGCCAAGAAAGGAGAGGAAGCUUUAUUUACAACCCGGGAGUCUGUGGUUGACUACUGCAACAGUAUAAAUUCUUCAACCAUUAAUCAUCCAUGUGACUUCACAUCAUCAACUCCCAGUCCGACGCAUUCAUUUAGAGAAGCUUUUCUCCCCACAGCUCGUUGCGUUCUGUUUCUCAUCAUUUGGCUCAUAACUGGAGGAAGGCAUCACUUUUGGUUCUUGCCGAAUCUUACUGCUGACGUGGGCUUCAUUGACUCCUUCAGGCCUCUGUACACGCACGAAUACAAAGGACCGAAAGCAGACUUAAAGAAAGAUGAGAAAUCUGAAGCCAAAAAGCAGCAGAAGUCUGACAGUGACGAGAAAUCAGACAGCGAGAAAAAGGAAGAUGAGGAAGGAAAAGUAGGCCCAGGGAAUAAUGGGACGGCAGGUUCGGGUGGAGAACGACACUCGGACACAGACAGUGAUAGGAGGGAAGAUGACCGAUCCCAACACAGUAGUGGGAAUGGGAAUGAUUUUGAAAUGAUCACAAAGGAGGAACUGGAACAGCAAACAGAUGGGGAUUGUGAAGAAGAGGAGGAGGAGGAGGAGGAAGAGGAAAACGAUGACGGAGAAACAACUAAACCUUCACAUGAAAAAUCAUAAACUUACAUAAUUUGGGGACUGAAUAAGUGCAAGAGGUUGGAUUUUCUAUGUUGGCUGAUCAUCAUAAUGUACACAUGGUGUUUGUAGCAUCCUUUAAAUCUUUUGCUGAAAUGAAUUUGAUAGCCACACAGUUUUAUUCAGCCCUUUAUGUUACUAUGCUACUAUGACUGGUACAGUCUAAGGUCAUUAAAAAACAUGUUUUACCCAUUUGAUGAUACUUUUACACUAAACUGAUCUCAUUCCUUUUGAUAGUUAUCAAAGGUACAGUUUCCACAAUGACAUUUAGAUUAUGGCAUUUUUGAUAGCUUUAUGGCUUUUUACUGUUAGACUAAUCAAAAUACCUUUGAAAAGGAUAAAAGAAAGAUCAGCAUUUCAGAUUAUGCGUAGUCAUGUAGCCAUUUCACUGUGUUUAGAAUGGAAUACUUAUACUCAUUGUUCUCUUGAUCAUUAAACAUUUGUUUGGAAUUUUAUAAAAUAACCAGGAAAUUUCUUCUAAAAUUCUGAGUAAGCAGGGUUCAAAAGCGUUUUGUGGAAAUGGGUCAACUAGUAAUAAUGCAGCAGCACUGUUAGUUUAGCUACAAAUUCUCCUUUUCCCACUUAGGAAAUCCAAACUGGUUUGUACACCCGAUUCAGAAAACACUGGUUGUCUCCAACAGAGAACAGAGCAGUGGGAUGACACUUCCUCUCCUUCCCCAAGUCCUUGUCGUCACAUAAAGUGUAUUCUGUACAUAAUUUACAAAUAAAACAUCUUAUUUUAAUUGUUACUCAUUAGACAUUGUCUCAAUACUUAAAUUUGUGAAAUUAAAACCAUGUAAGGGUCUGUUUUUUAGAAGUGCAACUUUUCAAUAACCCACAGAGCAUCUGUGGUCAGUCUUUCUACAGCAGCUUCGGUUUUGUGCCAACAUUCCAUGCAUUUGAAUGAGUGAAAACGGAUCCUUAUUAAAUAAGAGCAGACUGAAAGUAGCUGUUUGUAUGCCUUAAUGUUCAUUUUGAUUUAUUUUAAAUCUCUACAUUCAGAAAUGGAGUACUGUAUUAUCAGACCAGGAAGCACUGCUGUGAAAGAUACUUACUGUUCUAAAAUAUCAAUUUAAAAUAAAGACCGUAAGAGAACCUCUGGACUCUUAAUUGCUUUGAACUCGUUUUGCAGUUCAAUUUUAGAUCUUGUGUAUCUUGGUUAUUAUUUUUUUUUAAUCUUGCAAAUAUUAUAGUGAGUGUUAUAAGAUCAUUCCUUGGAGUUCUGAAUUGAUAUAAGUGAGCAAAAUUAUUUUCUUCAGUCAACGUGCAAGUAUUUUGUUUCGUUGUAGUUGAAGUGGGUGGUAUCAGUCAGGUCUUAUUUUCUUUAGGCUCUUUCCCAUCAGUAUUUUGGACUACAGGUGUUACAUUUUUCUAAUUGUGAAAAAAUAACAUUUUAUGGAAAUUAACAUUAAAUAACGACUUCAUUGCUUCUUCUUAGUAUUCCUUGUAAGUGGACAGCAAUGUGGCUGUUCAAUGCUAAUGCAACUCUAUCAAGGAUAUAAUAAGACAUCUCAAGACUUUUCCCCUUAGUAAAUGUUUAUUGAUUUAAGUGACUGGGUUUUCCCCUGACAUGUACAGAGCUCUGUUGCUUAUUUCCACAGUUAAGACAUGUAUAUUGAUUGCUUCUGAGCUUAAUCACCAGUAAUAAUACCUAUUUUGAGUCUGAAAAUGGUACCAGAUAUGUUUUUCAUAAGUAAAUGGCUUAGAAAACCUUUGCUAUUCUAAUACUGCCCACAUACGUAGUAUUUACCCUAACCCUUUAUGGCAUGGGCUGUGUCAUUUGGAACACAGCAAUCUAGUCAGUUUCCUACUGAUGUUUGUAGAUUCUUCGAGAAGUUAGUACAAGUUUUAUAGCUUAUCUGGCCAGCAGGGGGUGGUGGGGAUGAUCACUAAUACCAUGAGUAUAAAGUGAGUGAGAGGUUUGAGCUCAGUGUCUAUUUUAAUAUUCAAGGUCGUGUGCUUUAAACAAAUACAGGAACAUCAAAAGGUUGCCAUUCUUACAGCCUUUCAUUUCACAAGAAUAAGAUGGUUUUUGUUGGCUCAUAUUACUAUUUUGUGCUAGAGCAUGAAUUGUUUAGUUGGUGAGAUAGUGAUUUUUUUAAAACUUCAGGCUGCCUUUGUUACUGUAAGUAGAAACAUGAAGCUUUUGGAUAAUGUAGGACUUUUUGUGGAAUUGGUGCAAAUGAUCUAACUAAGCAAGAUUGGAUUAACCAGAAGCUGAAGUCAAGAUAAUAAGACUAAUCUAUUUGAGAUUAUUAAAAUCAGUGUAUUCAAGAGAAUGCCUUUUACUUUUCUCUUCCCCUAGGUUUUUACUUUAAUUUUCAAACUCUCUAAGUCCUUUUCUAGAAGACUUUCAUUGAAAUAAUUCAUAUUUAAGAGAAUGUUAUUCAGAAAGUAAAUACUAACAUACUUAAACUGAAAUUAUAUAGUGUUGAUGGAUUUUGGUUAAUUGUUGGCUAUGGAAGAAAUAUCGAUUGUCUUUGUAAAUAGAACUUUUAAAACUAAUUGCUAAUUAGAACUGGAAAACGAGUACUUAAUUAUAAAGCUGUCUAUAUACUUACCUGAUACACAUUAUAGAAUUCAUUAUGAGUAAUGAUUGUAUUCUUUCAUUUGCUUUUGCUCGUUUCAGUAUUUCAUCUCUUACACAUUCUUGCUUAUUCCAUUAUUACUGAGCAUUUUGCUCUGGGCCAGAAUAUUACUAACCACAGCCAUCAAUUUAAAAAUAACAGACUUUCCUGGAGCAGCAAGUAAAUUUCCAGAUGUACUGGGUGUCUCUCAUUAACCCUCCAGAUCCCACUGUGGCCCACAUGGUUCACCUAAACGGACCACAGCCGUGGGCUCCCAUGACUCCCAGCGUCUUGGUCAGUUUGGUCAAGGACUGUCUUGUCCAAACAUCUGAAGACCUUCAGGAUGCUUAUUCUUUUGGCUGACCCUCAUUAUUCACCACAUCUCCCAAACUGCUCCCCUUCACCACUCUCAAAGUUACCACUCCCAUCUCUCCUGCCUGGUAAAGGAUGAUGUCCGUUGUCUCCUAGUAGGCUUGAGUUCCCGAAUCUACUGUGGUUCCCCGCCACAAAAGUCUAAAGAUCACCUGCUACUAGAACCCAGACUGAUAAAACAGGGGAAAUCCCUGGGCAACUCUGAUAGUGCAGACUGUUAUGAGGAAAUCCCUGGGCAACCCUGAUAGUGCAGACUGAUAUGGGGAAAUCCCUGGGCAACCCUGAUAGUGCAGACUGAUAUGGGGAAAUCCCUGGGCAACCCUGAUAGUGCAGACUGAUGGGCAAUCCCUGGGCAACCCUGAUAGUGUUGUCAGGUAGAUAAAUGUUCAGAUCCACCCGUCACUGAGGAAGAAAGACAAGGCUGGCUGCUUCUGAGAAACUUGCAAAGGCUCAGAAACCCACGCAACAGCAGCGGGUUAGGGUCGUUUGUUUUUUUCCUCUCCUUUAAUUCUAGUGAGGUGCUUACCUCUCUAACAGGACCUUGUCACCAAACAGAGGGAUGUUACAGCCUUGCGAGCCGAGCCUAAUAGUGAUGGCUAUUAUCUCCUGUUCUGGUAGCUAUGUGUGCUUUAGUUACAAAAGGAGAUGGAUUUAAAUGUAAUUUCUUUGAUGACCCAAACCAGUGUCUGCAGCAUUUAGUUGUGAGUUUCAGGGUAGAUCCAAAUUUACUCCACUUUUCCUAGUGAGGUGAAGUUUUCAACCUGAGAGAGGACAUCUUUUCAAUGGUUGUAGUUUUAGGUUGUCCCAAAGGAUCAUCUGUUCUAUCGUUAGCAUGACAUAGAAUGAAAGGGCAGGGGCACCUGGUGUCUCAGGUGAGAUGAGCAGACUUGCUUGUAUUCUUCAUUUUCAGUGAGUACUUGGAUCAUUUGGACUUCUUUGUGCCAUGGACCCCUUCUCAGAAUGGUUGAAGUGCAGGAAAUACAUGAGGUUAAAAAGGAAAUAUUGAAGUACAAGUUUUCAAAAUGUGUACAUCUGUGAUAGAGUAAUAUGUGUGUGCAUUACAUAACCAGAUCUAGCAGGGGGUCUUUAGUUGUCAUGAUGUUGAUGUAGCAUAAACAAUAUUUUGAAAUCUUUACAACUGUAAUGUAAUGAAAAUAUUUAUUUUUUACAAAGUCACAGUUACUGUUAAUACAACUGUGGAUUGUUUGCCUUUAUAAUGGAAGGAAAUACUUUCAGUUACAGCCUAGGGAAAAUAAAGGUACCAUUUUUUUUCCUAUCCAA